AUGCGGUUUCUGACAAAAUUUCUGUUGUUUUUGGCAACCGUCUACUUCGGAUUGAAGUAUGCGUGCGAGUCUCCAUUAAGAGCGCAGUAUCCACAACUGCAAUUGGCUUGCCACUACUCUCAGCCUGCCCUGUGGAAUGACUACCUCUUGAAGAACAGUCCCGCUUAUAAGAACUCUGUGCAUCCUCAACUCGUUGUUGCUAAGGGUAAAUAUGAAGAACUCGUGCAGCCUCACGUCAAAGACGUUUGCAAGCGCGUCCACACUCAAUUGGACCGGAUCGAUAAGAAGAAAUACUGCGAUUUAGCUCAUUCCUAUGCUAACCUAGCUUAUCAAAAGGCUCAGUUCUACUACUCUAUCAGCGCGGGCAAAUAUGUCCACGAUUUUUGCAAAAGUGAUUUGUACAAUAAGAACUUGAAAAGACAUGUUGAGAGAGCAAAGGAAGACCUCUCAAAAGCAUACCACUUGGCCGUUGUGAGAAUCCCACAAUUGUUCACAAGAGAAAAUGUCGAAAAGUUCACUAGUAGUGCAUCCGCUUACAUCAAUGAAAAGACUGAGUCUUUGAAAAAAGAAGCCAAACAAAUAACCUCUGAUGUGAAGAAGACUGUAGAAUCGGAAAUCAAGAAGAGAACAACUUCUAGUGAAUCUGAAGAGGAACCAAUUGUCUCAACUUCCACAAUUGUAAAGACUAUUACUAGAACUAGGCACAGUUCUAGCAGUACUACUUCUACAAAGUCCGCUGAAGAGACAUCCGAAAAGAACUUGGAAACAAAGGAAGAAGAAGAUAUCACAGAUAUUGAAAUCGACCACCAAGCUCAAUUACAAAGAGAUUUCGACAAAUGGACUUCCAACAUUGACAAGAAGGUUAAGAUGGUUAACAAGAUGCUAGUACGUGAUGUAAAGAAACAUCUAAAGCCAAAGAUCGACGCAAAUGAUAAACUGUUUAAGGACAAGCUUAAGGUUUUACACAAGGAGGCAAACGACAACUUCCAGUUGAUUAACAAGGCUAUCCAGGACAUCAACUGUACUCAAGGUAUUGAUCCUGAGACUGGUAAACAGAUUUACUUCGACAGUGAGGGCAAGAGCCAGAUCGAGAAGUAUAUUACCAGAGAAAUGAUUAGAACCAUGCUGAAUGAUACACAGACAACUUUGAACAGCUUAGUUGCUGAUAUUGAAAACGAUGUAAGCAAGAUAUUGGAAGAUUUCAAGAAGAUUGCUGAAAACUCUCGUGAGCAACAUUUGACUACUUUUGAAGAAUGGGGUGAUAUCAUGAUCAAUGAAUGGUCCAAGAAAUUAGCUUACCUAGAUGUUUUAGCUCCCCAUGAAGAUGCCGAACACGAAGGCAAAUCUAAAACUGAGCUAUCCGAAAAGAACUGGAAGAAAUUUAUGGCCAUUAAAAAACAAAUUUUGGACGCCAGAGACAAGAUGGCUAAACGUCAAAUUAAGAUCAGCGAGUUCAAGCUUCUCUUAGACAACGUCCAAAACACACUUCAAGCUGUCACGAAUGAGAACGGUGAGUACCUAUACAUUCUAAGAGCACAAGCCAACUUGGCUUUCCAAGAACGUGAAAGGUUAGAAAAGGAGGCAGAGGAAGCCAAACUACGCAAAGAAGCUGGCGAAGUUAACGAAUCCUCUGAAGAAGAGCAAAUUGUUGAAGAACCUAUCUCCGCUUAA